GAAAAGUAUGAAAAAUACUAUAUUUUGUUCAAGUGAAAAUAAACAAUAAUAAUAAUAAAUAAAAAAAUUAAAUAUUCGAAACAAAAUGUCAUUAACACAGCGCACUUUUGCGCAAAAAUUGUCUAGGACUCAUGCUAGUGAUGUGCGUAAGAAUGUGGUCAAUUGUCAUAUGCAAACGAAAACUACAGAUACUUUGAUGUGCUCUUCGACACUUUCUUUAACCGAACCCGUUGAGCCUUUGGAUUAUGAGGAGUUUUUAAAUUCUCAUAUAAACACUAUCAAUCGUGAUCCUCUAAAGAAUAUACUGGACUUUCCGCCAGGAGAUGUUACCGUCAAAACUAUACCACGUAAAAUAAGAACCAUAGAACAUAUUGUGCCAAAGGAGAGUUUUGCUGAACUUCCCCAGCAUGUACAAGAGUGUGUAAAUUGUUAUACACGUCCAUGGAAAGUGGUUGAGUACGCACAACGUCAUUAUUCCAGCUCUUGUUGUGCUCGUGAACGUAUUGACAGAGGCACUAUAAGCCCAUCGGCCUAUCAGCAAGAAUUCGAAGUCGAUAAAGAUUUUGCCUCAUUCGAUGAAUCGUCUUUUACUGAUCAGAGUAACAGUUGCACACCCAGCUCUAGGCAGUCUAUAGCCAGUUUGUCUUCAGUUAGCUCCUGUACAGAUACCUUAACACCGCGUGGCUCUUGGGCAAGUUUUGACUUAAGACGUUCUGUCAACGAUCCCUUAAUACCGAAUUUAUUAGAUGAUGUUCCCCCAGAACAUAUUGAUCAGACAAACGAAUCAAAGAGACUGGAGGAUAGACAAGAAGCUCUAUUCUCUCUUUACCCCGAAGCAGAAGCCGAAGAUAUAAUUGAACGCAGAUUGUCGGCUGAAUUGCCCAUGGAACAUAUGGGUCAUCGAAUUUAUGUAAAAUGUUUACAAUUAAGACUGGAAUUGGAGGUAGAACCAAUAUUUGCCUCCAUGGCCAUAUAUGAUGCCAAAGAGAAGAAAAAAAUCUCGGAAAACUUUUAUUUUGACAUGAAUUCCGACAACUUAAAGCGCAUGUUACACACUCAUGUGCGCUGUGCCGACGAAAGCACCCAGAGUAGAGCUGGUAUAUUCGAAAUAAGUUAUCCCAGCAAUGAUUUGUUUUUAGUGAUACGUUUAGAAAAGGUUUUGCAAGGUGAUAUUAAGGACUCGGUAGAGCCUUACAUUAAAGAUGAUAAAGAUAAAUGCCGCGACAAGGCCAAACAAAAUGCUUCUGACUUCUGUGAAAGAUUAGGCAAAUACCGCAUGCCGUUCGCUUGGACGGGCAUAUAUUUGACAAAUAUUUUUAAUGGUGACAGUUUUGAAGGUGGAAAAGAAGGAGCAGCUGUUGGUUCGGCUAGUAAUCCAGAUCGGGAGCCUGGUGGUUCUUUAGGUUCUGCGGCCAGUUCAAACAGCUUAGAUCGCAAAUCAUCCACUAGCAGCUUUGAUCAGCUCAGACGCAAAGCCAAUGAUAUGAGUGGCACUUUAACCCGUAGGGGCUCUUUGGAACGUAAAGAAAAACGUAGAUCUUGGUCCCCCGACGAUUUUGCCAAUGUAGUAGAGUCUUUCCGGCCAAUUACUAUAACUAUAUCCAGUUUUUUCAAACAAGAAACGGAUAAAAUGAAAGAUGAAGAUCUAUAUAAAUUCCUAAUGGAACUGAAAAGACCUAGUUCGGCCAUGAAGAAAUACAAAUGCAUACCAGGCUCCAUCAAGUUAGAAAUUACACCCUGUUCUGAGGAUGUUAAAAAUGCUUUAACACCGGAACUGGCCAAAGUAGAGCCAUAUGUAGAGGACAAUACGAGACCAGUCAAAGAGAUACUAGAGAUACCACCCACGGCCAUUUACAAUCCCCACUACACUUAUCGUAAUCUAUUGUUUGUAUCACCCAAGGAACUUAAUUUUUCCUCUAGAGCUGGCUCUGCUCGCAAUAUUGCUGUAAGGGUACAACUUAUGGCGGGAGAAACACAAAACGAUGCUAUCAGUGCCAUUUUCGGAAAAUCUUCUUGUCCUGAGUACUCCAGCGAAGCUUUCACUGCCGUCAAUUAUCAUAAUAAAUGCCCAGCCUUCUACGAUGAAAUUAAAUUUGCUCUGCCAGCCCAUCUCAAACAAAAUCAUCAUCUUUUCUUUACUAUUUACCAUGUAUCAUGUCAAAAGAAACCACAAGACUUGCAACCUUCCGUUGAAACACCAGUGGGUUAUACCUGGUGGCCUUUACUGGAGGAUGGCAAACUUAAAGUGGGAGAAUUUCAACUGCCUGUUAUGGUAGAAACUCCACCAGAAAAUUAUUCGUUUAUUCCGCCAAAUGUCCAUCUACCAGGUACAAAAUGGCUGGACAAUCAUCGUCCCGUCUUUUCGAUUAUCGUAGAGGCCGUAACAUCAGUGCACACUUUGGAUCCAAAUUUGGAUCGUUUCUUUUUAAUGUGCGAAUAUUUGAAUUCACGCAAGAUACCGCCUCGCAUAGGUGAAGGCAACAUGGAAGCUGAAAUGAAGAAAUGUUUACUGGAAAUUGCAAAUGCUGAACGUGAGCCUCUGGUUAAGAAUUUACAUUUGGUAUUGGAUAAACUAAUAGAGCUGUUGGUGACGACUUAUAAAAUUGGCGGACAAACGCUAUCGCUGGGUUCCACAGUAUUUGAAGUAUUGUGUUUGGUAUCCGCUAACUUAUCGAUUUUAAGUGAUGACCUCAUAGUGGAUCAGUAUGGUCGUCAAUCUUUACUGUCCACUUACGUGCAAUUUCAAAGCAAGAUUCCUCAUCCUUUUAGUGGCAAACGGCGUAUAACCUGUAGCCGCAGCAAUGCCGAAGAAAUGCACACGUCCUCUUCUUCAUCAGAUACUUACAGCAUCUACGAUAAUGUAGUAGCCGGGCGCAGUUUGGACCGCAAAGAAUUGGCCAUGGAAAUGUCACCCACAUUUGUGGGUCGUGAUGGCCAAAUACGUUUACUGCAUGAAGAACUAGCCCUGCACUGGGUAGUAGCCAGCGGUCGUGCUGCUGAUUUGGCCAUGAGCAAUUCAUGGUUUUUAUUUGAACUCAUUGUAAAAUCCAUGAUAGAACAUUUGGAUUUUACGCGUUCCCUGCAAGCACCACGAAAACAACGUUUCCCUCAUCAAUACACGGAUGAUAUAUCUACACUUGUUCAUUUGGUUACCACCAAGGUGGUGGGUUAUCACAGUAAUGAACCCAAAUUGGCACAAUGUCUUAAUGCCAGCCUCAGUUUCUUUAUAUUUGACUUGUUUAGUGUUAUGGAUAGAGGUUUUAUAUUUGGUUUAAUAAAAACCUAUUACAAGGUUUUAAUAUCCAAAAACGCCUCCAUACCGGAUUUGAUGAAUUAUAAAAUUGAUUUUUUGCGCAUUGUAUGCAGUCAUGAGCAUUAUGUAGCUCUAAAUUUACCCUUUGGUACUCCGUAUACAACAAAGUCUGCACCCUGUAGUCCCACGCCAAGUACAAACUCAAACACUAGUGGGACGUCAUACGGUUCCAUUGAACGAGCAUUACAUGCAGAUUUAAGCAUCGAAUUCAGACAACAACAUUUUCUAGUUGGUUUGGUUUUAAGUGAUUUAGCCACCGUCUUGGAAGUACCAAAUCCUCAACUGCAUGGCAAAGCCAUUAGAUGUAUACGCAAUUUGAUGACUUCUCAUGAUUUGGAUCCCCGCUAUAAUGACAGUGAAGCUAGAGCUCGCGUGGCCUCUUUGUAUCUACCAUUGCUAGGGAUAGUAAUGGAUGCCAUACCGCAAUUACACCAAAAUCUAACGGACUCUAACGAUCGCUUACAUAGUAUGGGACUAUUGGACGAUUACCAAGGCCCUCACACUACCAUCGCUACUACAACUAUAAGUCCCGAAGUUGCCUAUGCCAUAUCGGGUUCCCGAGCUUAUGCCUACAUGAACGAUCAUGUAAAAAAUAAAUCUCCGCUGAGUAGUGAAAAUACUCGACAUCUUUUGGCUUGUUGCACUUGGAUACUGAAAAAUCUCGAGAGAACUGCUUUGUAUAGAUGGACUUUGGGACUGUCGCCCCAUAGAGUGCAUCAGAUGUUGCAAGUGCUGAAUACUUGUAUACCUUGUUUCGAAUACAAGGGUCAAAAACGUUUACCGGUAUUAAAACGUAACACGCAAAGUUUCCGUAAGCCUACAGAUCUUAAAGAAAAACUGGAAGAGUGUAUACGCGGUACGAACUCGGCCCGCUAUGAUUUGAUAAAUCGCCGUAAAGAUCGCAAUUCCACAGAGAAAUUCCGUUGGCGCAAAGAUCAAAUGCCUUACAGAGCCCAAUUUUAUGAUACCAUUACAAAAACUGAUCCUGAAUUAGAAUUGAGUCAUUUCAUUGAGGGCUCAUUGGCCACUGAAAUUACUUUGGUGAUUUUAGACUGUUUAGAAAUUAUUGUACAAGUGGCUACAAAUUCGGAAAUGCAUCACAAUCUUUUGAGCACAGUGUUGAAAGUAUUGCUGCAUGCUUUGUCGCGUAAUCAAAGUACUAUGGCUCUAAAGAAUCUGUUUUCGUCUCAAAGAUCUUUGAUCUUUAAGUUUCCCAAUUUAUUAUUUGAUGAGGAAACGGAUAUAUGUGCCGACUUGUGUUUGCUGUUGCUAAAGCAUUGUGGUUCACAAUUACCCGGUAUAAGAUCGCAAGCCGCCGCUUCCUUGUAUCUCUUAAUGAGACAAAAUUUUGAAAUCGGCAAUAAUUUCGCACGUGUUAAAAUGCAAGUUACCAUGUCCUUGUCAUCUCUAGUGGGUACUAGUUCAUCAUUCAGCGAACAGUCUUUGCGUCGUGCUCUAAAAACCAUUUUAGUUUAUGCCGAAUCUGAUACAGAUCUUCAGGACACUUCAUUCCCCGAACAAGUACAAGAUCUUUUAUUCAAUCUUCACAUGAUACUCUCCGAUACCGUAAAAAUGAAAGAGUAUCAAGAAGAUCCGGAAAUGUUGUUGGAUCUCAUGCAUCGCAUUGCCAAAGGUUAUCAAAAUAAUCCCGACCUGCGCCUGACUUGGUUGGAGAACAUGGCUAAGAAGCACAAGGAGCGUGCCAAUCAUACCGAAGCGGCCAUGUGUUUUGUUCAUUCCGCUGCACUUGUGGCCGAAUACCUAAGUAUGUUAGAAUCGCAAACCCAUCUACCAGUGGGUGCUGUAAGUUUUCAGAAAGUCACUCCCAACUCAUUGCUGGAGUCGGCUGUUUCCGAUGAUGUUCUAAGUCCGGGCGAAGAUGGUAUUUGCCUGGGUAAUCAUUUCACUGAAUCGGGCCUGAAAGUUCUGCUGGAGGAGGCCUCCAACUCGUUCCAAAUAGCUGGUAUGUACGAGGCCAUGAAUGAGGUUUAUAAAAUACUCGUACCCAUUUGCGAGGCCAAUCGAGAUUUCCAGAAAUUGAGUAAAAUUCAUGGUAAACUGCAGGAGGCUUUUAAUCGUAUCGCACAACUUCAAGGCAAGCGUGUCUUUGGUACUUACUUCAGAGUCGGUUUUUAUGGUGCCAAAUUUGGUGACUUGGAUCAGCAGGAGUUUAUCUACAAGGAACCGACUCUCACGAAAUUACCCGAAAUAUUUAGUCGGCUGCAAAACUUUUAUGCAGAUCGUUUUGGUCCAGACUCUGUUCACAUCAUUAAGGACUCCAAUAGUGUUGACGUUAACAGUUUAGAUCCCGACAAGGCUUACAUACAAAUAACCUAUGUAGAGCCCUAUUUUGAAAAUUAUGAACUUCGGCAUAGAGAAACCUAUUUCGAAAGAAACUUCAACAUAAAACGUUUCAUUUUUGCCACCCCAUUCACAAAGUCGGGCAAAGCCCAUGGUGACUUGCACGAACAAUGUAAACGCAAGACAAUACUUACCACAGCCAAUCAUUUCCCCUAUGUCAAGACCCGUAUUCAGGUGAUAAAUCGACAACAAAUAAUUUUGGAUCCCAUUGAGGUGGCCAUCGAAGACAUACAAAAGAAAACAGUGGAAUUGGCUGCGGCCACCAACCAAGAACCGGCGGAUCCGAAAAUUCUACAAAUGGUUUUACAAGGCUGCAUUGGCACCACGGUCAAUCAGGGACCCAUGGAAAUGGCAGCAGUAUUUUUAUCGAAUCUCUCGGAUGGCGUGACCAUACCAACUAAAAAUCAAAAUAAGCUACGUUUAUGUUUCAGAGAAUUUUCAAAGCGAUGUGCUGAUGCUCUCAAGAAAAAUCGAAAUUUAAUUUUAUCCGAUCAAAAAGAUUAUCAGCGAGAAUUGGAACGUAACAAUGAACGUUUUGUGGAACGUUUGACACCGUUAAUAACAUUAACAUCCUCGCAGGCGCAGGGUGUAGUAAAAGCAAAUGCCGCUAGUAAUCGUAGUACUCCUUUAAAAUGUGUUUCCGAUUAUUUCAAGUAAUUUAUUAGCUAAACAGUAAUUAUUUCUUUUUUACAAAACAAACUUAUUAAUUAAUAAUAUAUUAAACAGAAUAUAUUUAAAAUGACUAUAAUUAAUAUUUAGAUAAAAGUACUUACAUUUUAAAGCACAUACAACCUGUUAACGUUAACCUCCAGUUAUGCCCUUAAGAAUAAUCAAAAUCGUUUAAAUUUUUGUAGCAUAAAAAUUCAAAAUAUAUAUUUGAGUUUUAAACGUCAGAUAACUGGAGUUUAUUUGCAGUUUCUUUUCUUUUGCUAAUUAUGUGCUUUAAAACUUUUUGAAACCAAAAAUUAAACACCAAAUUUAAAUAUAAAAAAUUUUGCUAAAUUUUGUAGUCAUACAUACAUACAUAUAAUAAUUAUACACUCACUUAAAAUAAUAAAAAAAAAAAAAACAUUUCUCGCCAAAAAAAAACACAUCAUUCUCAUCAUCAUAUUUAUUCAAAAAGUAUUUAAACUAGAGUUAUAUACAAACACACACCUACAUUUUAUACUUUUAUAGCGUACAGCAAUAAAAAAAUAAAUUUUUUACAAACUUGUAAA